CUAUAAAUAAAGAAAAAGUAGCAAAGCACUUUUAAAGUGGUUACAAAAACAGUAGCCUUAAAUAAAUAAUCCAGCUACUUCCCUUGCCUUGUACAUGCAAUGCAAGUACAGGCUGCCGCCAUGGCAAAUUUGUCACCAUUGUUAUUAACAACGAUUUGGUUAGUGCUUGUAAUUUGUAAAGGAGUAGAUAGCAGUCCCUCCUCUGUUGUUGGAGAUCCGGGAAUGAAAAGAGAUGGUCUAAGGAUAGCUUUAGAAGCUUGGAACUUCUGUAAUGAAGUUGGUGACGAAGCUCCUGGAAUGGGUAGUCCUAGAGCUGCUGAUUGCUUUGAUCUUUCUGACAGUUCUUUGAGUCACAAGGUAACCGAGUCGGAUAAUAAGCUAGGAGUUGGCAAGACAUUCCCUGGCCUGAGUCCUAAGGCUAAGAAUAAUCCGGACUUAUAUGCUGUUGAAAAGGAACUUUAUCUUGGUUCAUUGUGUGAAGUUGAUGACACGCCGAGGCCAUGGCAAUUUUGGAUGAUAAUGUUGAAGAACGGAAAUUAUGACACAAAAUCUGGUCUUUGCCCAGAGAAUGGGAAAAAAGUGCCCCCUUUUAAUCCCGGAAGAUUUCCUUGUUUUGGGAAAGGGUGUAUGAAUCAACCUAUAUUGUAUCACCAGCCCACUUCAUUAUUAGUCGAUGAUAUUAUGCGGGGAGGUUUUAAUGGUACCUAUGAUUUGGGUUCUACAACGGAUGGCAGUAGUUCCUUCUUUGAGGUGCUCUGGGAAAAGAAAGUUGGCACAGGGGGUUGGGUAUUUAAGCACAAACUCAGAACCUCCAAAUUGUAUCCAUGGCUGAUGUUGUAUCUUAGGGCGGACGCGACCAAAGGGUUCUCUGGAGGCUACCACUACAAUACCAGAGGAAUGUUAAAAACUCUCCCGGAGUCACCUAAUUUUAAGGUCAAAUUGACCUUGGAUGUGAAGCGAGGGGGAGGACCGAAGAGCCAGUUUUACUUGAUAGAUAUUGGCAGCUGCUGGAAGAACAACGGUGCUCCAUGUGAUGGAGAUGUGCUCACUGAUAUUACUAGAUACAGCGAGAUGAUCAUUAAUCCAGAAACUCCAGCUUGGUGCAGCCCCACAAAUAUUGGCAACUGCCCACCUUUCCACAUCACACCGAACAAUACUAAAAUCUACAGGAAUGACACCUCUCACUUCCCUUAUUCGGCUUAUCACUAUUAUUGUGCUCCUGGGAACGCCGAGCACUUGGAAAAGCCAUAUAGCACAUGUGAUCCUUACAGUAAUCCCCAGGCACAGGAGCUAGUUCAGUUGCUGCCUCAUCCAAUAUGGGCAGACUAUGGCUAUCCAACCAAACAAGGAGACGGCUGGGUUGGGGAUGGAAGAACAUGGGAGCUUGACGUUGGUGGCCUUUCCAGCAGACUUUACUUCUAUCAGGAUCCAGGUACACCUCCUGCUAGAAGAAUAUGGACAUCUCUGGAUGUGGGGACUGAAAUUUUUGUUAGCAACAAAGAUGAAGUGGCAGAAUGGACUCUGAGCGACUUUGAUAUUUUACUCACCUCGUAAAACCGUUCAGAAUUUUGCAUGGAAAGCUACUGAUGAAGACGGUAGAAGAAAAUAGUAAGUGCUAAUGAAACUUCAAAUAGUCACAGGUUUGAUCUUUCUGCUCUCAUUGAAAUUAGUUAGCUUAUUCAUGCUCAAAAUCCUUCAGUACUGUCAUUCUUACAUGCCCUUCAACGUAAUGCAGAUACUCCUUUGAUGCUGAAAAAACUUUUGUUUGUUGUCUUUGUAGUAUCAAAUGCUUGUAUACAAGUGCUUAUGAAACCAAAGGUUACUGUCAGAGAAAUGCCCUUGGCCUGACAGGUAAAAGUAAGGCAAACCAAUGCAUUUCAUGAUAUUUCUCUACUGAACUAAACUUGUUCAGGCUACCAUUUUGAAUGGAAUAAUGGAGCUAUAAAUGUGCAAUCAAUAUCUUAAACUAGUAUAUGUAUAAUAUGCUCAUCUCCACCCUUCUAAAAACGAUGAGGUGGAUGAGCAAUGUGAAUUUAUUGUCCCAAGCACUUAGACUGUGUCAUUGCUUCCAUGCGUUUACUCCAGUUUCCUUCCAGGGGCAUUAAUUCAUGAACAAACUCUGUUCUUGUCUGCCGAAGUUGUUGCCGAAUAAGCAUAUGAUAGUGGCAUCACACACUAUUGCAUUUUCAUUUGGCUUCAAAUGUAAUUCUUAAAUAUGAAAGGGAAAAUGAGAUGAUGGCCAAUAUCCAAAUGAAAGCCUAGAGAUCAGCAAAUGUGCACGGAGGCGGACCCAGGAUCAUAAUGCAACGAGGGCACAAUAUUCUGCUCAACCAGUGCCCCCUAAUGGCUUUUAGUGUUUAGGGUUCCAAGUGAUUUAAAUUAACCAUUUUCAAGCCGAAAUUUACGGGGUCCGGUUAUCCCUCAAUAUUACACAUAGAUCUGCCUCUGUGUGUGCUAGUACUACUUUAUGCUUAUUAUUUGUAUUACGAAUAAUGGUCUUUUCUUCAUGAUAUGAAUUUCCUUUACCACUGUUGUUCUA